AUGUCAGGACCAAGACCAGUUGUCCUGAGUGGUCCGUCAGGGGCCGGGAAAAGCACCCUGCUGAAGAAGCUCCUAGAAGAGUAUGGCAAUAUCUUUGGCUUCAGUGUGUCCCAUACCACAAGGGACCCGAGGCCUGGGGAAGAGAAUGGCAAAGAUUACUACUUUGUCACCAGGGAAGCCAUGCAGAGAGACAUUGCUGCAGGGGACUUCAUUGAGCAUGCUGAAUUCUCAGGGAACCUGUAUGGGACAAGCAAAGCCGCUGUGCAAGCCGUACAGGCCAUGAACCGGAUCUGCGUGCUGGAUGUGGACCUGCAGGGUGUGCGGAACAUCAAGAAGACGGACCUGUGGCCCCUCUACAUCUGCGUGCUGGCACCCUCCCUUGAGAUCCUGGAGCAACGUUUGAGAGGCCGGAACACAGAGACAGAGGAGAGCCUCGUUAAGCGGCUGGCCACUGCCAAGGUCGACAUGGAGAGCAGCAAGGAACCAGGCCUGUUUGACCUCGUCAUCAUCAACGACAACCUGGACAAGGCAUAUUCAACUCUGAAGGAGGCCCUCUCUGAGGAAAUCAAGAAAGCUCAAAGGACGAGCUGCUCCUGA